AUGAGGGUGCCGGCGCUGUCACUAGCGCGUGGCUUCUCAUCAUCAGCCAAGGUGUACGUUGACAAGAAUACCCGAGUAAUAUGCCAAGGCCUUACCGGUAAACAGGGUUCUUUACACGCGGAAGGAUGCCUUAACUAUUGUGGAACCCAGUUUGUUGGUGGUGUGAACCCUCGUAAAUCUGGUACAUAUUGGCAUUGUUCUGAAGGGAAGCAUACUCUACCUGUAUUUUCCAAUGUCUCUGAGGCUAUGAAAGAAACGGGUGCUGAUGCGACGGUGAUAUUCGUGCCACCUCCAAGUGCAGCCGGGUCCAUCAUCGAGGCUAUUGAGGCCGAGAUGCCGCUGAUCAUAUGUAUCACUGAGGGUAUCCCUCAGCAUGAGAUGAUCAAGGUAAAAGCUAUGUUAAGUGACCCUACCUGUAAGUCUAAACUGAUCGGUCCUAAUUGCCCGGGUAUUAUUAAACCUGGUGAAUGUAAAAUCGGUAUCAUGCCCGGCCAUAUCCACAAGAAGGGCUCUAUAGGUAUCGUCAGUAGGAGCGGCACGCUGACCUAUGAAGCUGUGACACAGACCACUAGUAACGGCCUAGGUCAAUCUGUCUGUGUCGGUAUCGGUGGCGACCCCUUUGGUGGUAUAACCUUUAUUGAUGUUUUGAAGAAGUUUAUUGACGAUCCACAAACUAAAGGUAUAAUGUUAAUUGGCGAGAUUGGUGGAAGUGCUGAGGAGGAUGCGGCCGCAUGGAUCAAGGAGAACCCUACUGAUAAGCCUAUUGUGGCCCUUAUCGCUGGUACAUGUGCCCCUCCCGGUAGGAGGAUGGGCCACGCUGGAGCUAUCAUCAGUGGUAAUACCGGUACCGCCCAGGGCAAAAUACAGGCACUGCAAGACGCAGGGAUCAUUGUAGCAGAAACACCAGCAUUAUUAGGGUCGACCAUGAAAAAAGAACUUUCUAAAUAA